AUGGCCGAGCCCAUCCGCAACAAGCGGCCUGAUGCCGCCGCACCGACGCCGCAAAACACGCCCGCCAACAAUGCCCCCAUCUCCUCGCACGCCCAGCAGCCCGGCGUUCCCAGCAUCUCUGAGGAGCCGGUCGACCUUGCUGCUGCCGCGUCCCUUUUUGCCCAGAACCCCCGCCUUGUCAGCAUGAUCCAGGGCAAGCUCGGCAGCCUCGUGGGCCGCUCGUCUGGCUACAUUGAGUCGCUGCCGCCGCAAGUCAAGCGCCGUGUCUCCGGCCUGAAGGGCAUCCAGAAGGAGCACUCGAAGCUAGAGGCCGAGUUCCAGGAGGAGGUUCUCCAGCUCGAGAAGAAGUACUUCGCCAAGUUCACUCCCCUGUACGAGAAGCGCUCCAAGAUCAUCAAUGGCGCCAACGAGCCUACCGCGGAGGAGAUCGCCGCCGGCGAGGAGGAGGAGGAGGAGGAUGAGGAGGAGGAUGGCGAAGAGGCCCACAAGGCCGAGACCAAGGCCGAAGAGGCCGAGGAUGCCUCCACCGAGCCUGUCUCUGGUAUCCCGGAGUUCUGGCUGUCGGCCAUGAAGAACCAGAUCUCGCUCGCCGAGAUGAUCACCGACCGCGACGAGGGCGCGCUCAAGCACCUGACGGACAUCCGCAUGGAGUACCUCGACAAGCCGGGCUUCCGCCUGAUUUUCGAGUUCGCCGAGAACGACUACUUCACCAACAAGACCAUCUCGAAGACAUAUUUCUACCAGAGCGAGUCCGGCUACGGCGGUGACUUUAUCUACGACCACGCCGAGGGCGACAAGAUCAACUGGAAGGCCGAGAAGGACCUGACCGUUCGCAUCGAGCAGAAGAAGCAGCGCAACAAGAACACUAAGCAGACCCGCAUCGUCAAGAAGACCGUCCCGACCGAGUCGUUCUUCAACUUCUUCUCCCCGCCUGAGCCCCCGGCAGAGGAUGACGAGGAGGCAGCCUACGACAUCGAGGACCGCCUCGAGCUCGACUACCAGCUGGGCGAGGAUAUUAAGGAGAAGCUGAUUCCCCGCGCCAUUGACUGGUUCACGGGCGAGGCUCUGGCCUACGAGGAGAUCGACGAGGAUGACCUGAACGAGGACUUUGACGACGAUGAGGAUGAUGAGGACGACCUGAGUGAGGACCAUGACGAGGACGACGACUCUGACGAGGACGACGAUGAUAGCUCGAAGCCGAAACCUGACGCUCAGGAGUGCAAGCAAAGCUAG